AGCCCUGGCACGUGAUUGGCUAUGGAUUGUACUAUAUAUAUGUUCUCGAACGUUCCACGGUCCUUUCUCUUUAAAUAGGCAAGGCGCAGGAAACGGCUCCAUUGUACGGUGCCACAAAUCAUCAAUAUCGUAUCUUGUCUUCGACAGCAGUUAUUUUAAGUAGGCAAUAUGUCAAAGGGACCAGCAGUCGGUAUUGAUCUGGGGACAACCUACUCCUGCGUAGGUGUCUUCCAGCAUGGCAAAGUUGAGAUCAUUGCCAACGAUCAGGGAAACAGGACCACACCCAGCUAUGUAGCUUUCACCGAUACUGAGCGGCUGAUUGGAGACGCUGCAAAGAAUCAGGUUGCAAUGAACCCCACCAACACAGUGUUUGAUGCCAAGCGUCUAAUUGGCAGAAGGUUUGAAGAUUCUGUUGUGCAGUCUGACAUGAAACAUUGGCCAUUUAAUGUUGUCAAUGAUGGCGGUCGUCCAAAAGUGGAAGUUGAAUAUAAAGCAGAGAAGAAAACCUUCUUUCCUGAGGAGAUCUCAUCCAUGGUGCUGGUCAAGAUGAAAGAAAUUGCGGAAGCCUAUCUAGGAAAGACUGUUACAAACGCUGUUGUGACGGUACCAGCUUACUUCAAUGAUUCCCAGCGGCAAGCUACCAAGGACGCCGGUACAAUUUCAGGUCUAAAUGUUCUGCGAAUCAUCAAUGAACCAACUGCUGCUGCUAUUGCUUAUGGAUUGGACAAGAAGGUUGGUGCAGAACGCAACGUCCUUAUUUUUGAUCUCGGUGGUGGCACGUUUGAUGUCUCCAUCCUGACCAUCGAGGAUGGAAUCUUUGAAGUGAAGUCGACGGCUGGAGACACUCAUUUGGGUGGUGAAGACUUCGAUAAUCGCAUGGUCAACCACUUCAUUGCCGAGUUCAAGCGCAAGUACAAGAAGGACAUCAGCGACAACAAGAGAGCUGUCCGCCGUCUCCGCACCGCCUGUGAGAGAGCCAAGCGCACCCUGUCCUCCAGCACCCAGGCCAGUAUCGAAAUUGACUCCUUGUACGAGGGCAUCGACUUCUACACCUCCAUUACCAGGGCUCGUUUUGAGGAGCUGAACGCUGACCUGUUCCGUGGCACCUUGGAUCCGGUCGAGAAGUCUCUCCGUGAUGCCAAGAUGGACAAAGCCCAGGUCCACGACAUUGUCCUGGUGGGCGGCUCUACGCGAAUCCCCAAGAUCCAGAAACUGCUGCAAGAUUUCUUCAAUGGCAAGGAGCUCAACAAGAGCAUCAACCCUGAUGAAGCUGUCGCUUAUGGUGCAGCGGUCCAGGCUGCUAUCCUGUCUGGUGACAAGUCUGAGAACGUUCAAGAUCUGCUGCUGCUUGAUGUCACCCCUCUGUCUCUGGGUAUUGAGACAGCUGGUGGCGUCAUGACCGUUCUGAUAAAGCGCAACACAACCAUUCCCACAAAGCAGACCCAGACCUUCACCACCUACUCAGACAACCAACCUGGUGUGCUCAUCCAGGUCUAUGAAGGUGAAAGAGCCAUGACAAAGGACAACAACUUGCUGGGCAAGUUUGAGCUGACAGGCAUUCCCCCAGCACCCCGUGGUGUUCCCCAGAUCGAAGUCACCUUUGACAUUGACGCCAAUGGCAUCAUGAAUGUCUCUGCGGUUGACAAGAGCACUGGCAAGGAGAACAAGAUCACAAUCACCAAUGACAAAGGUCGUCUCAGCAAGGAGGACAUUGAGCGCAUGGUCCAGGAGGCAGAGAAGUACAAGGCUGAGGAUGAUGUGCAGCGCGAUAAGGUGUCCUCCAAAAAUGCACUGGAGUCCUACGCAUUCAACAUGAAAUCCACUGUUGAGGAUGAGAAACUUCAGGGUAAGAUCAGUGAUGAGGACAAGCAGAAGAUCCUGGAGAAGUGCAAUGAAGUAAUUGGCUGGCUGGACAAGAACCAGACUGCUGAAAAGGAUGAGUACGAGCAUCAACAGAAGGAGCUGGAGAAGGUGUGCAACCCCAUCAUCACAAAGCUGUACCAGAGUGCUGGGGGUAUGCCAGGGGGAAUGCCAGAAGGGAUGCCUGGUGGCUUCCCAGGGGCUGGCGCUGCACCUGGUGGUGGAUCCUCUGGACCAACCAUUGAGGAAGUCGACUAAACCAUUCCCUGUCAGGCAGCUACCUCUUUCUCCUGAGCAAUGUUUACUGUGGCUUAUUUCUACUUUGUGCAAUUUGAAGGAUUCACUCACUGAGUCUUUAUCACUGAAUUCCAAUUCAAGUAUUUUGGUUAGUGUCUGCUUUAAAUCUCUGCCACAGUGCCAGUUAAAACAGGAUACCAGGGAUCAAAAAAGUUAACUGCUUUUUAUCACACAAAACUGCGUUUGUUUUGU